AGAAGAGGGCGCCCUGCAGCUCAACGGAACUGGUGUCAAAUUCCGUCGAAGGCUGAAAUUGACAUAAACAGGAAGAGAGGACGGUGAGUUUUUUUCUAUACUUUACUGAGCACUGGGCGCUUGUAGGUAAUCAUGGGCAAGAGCUGUAAGGUGGUGGUGUGUGGUCAGGGAUCCGUGGGGAAGACUGCUGUCCUGGAGCAGCUGCUGUACGCCAAUCAUGUCGCAGGUUCAGAGACCAUGGAGACACUGGAGGACAUUUACAUCGGCUCUGUGGAAACGGACCGCGGCACCCGAGAGCAGCUGCGCUUUUACGACACGCGCGGUCUGCGCGACGGUCACGAGUUUCCGCGGCACUACUUCACUUUCGCCGACGGCUUCGUGCUCGUCUACAGCAUCGACAGCAAAGAGUCCUUCAAACGCGUUGAGGCCCUGAAGAAAGAGAUCGACCGCUGCCGCGAUAAGAAAGAGGUGACUAUUGUUGUUGUGGGUAAUAAGUUGGACCUGCAGGAUCAGAGGAGGGUGGACAGCGAGGCGGCUCAGCAGUGGGCACGGCAGGAGAAGGUCCGGCUGUGGGAGGUCACUGUGACCGACAGACGGAUGCUCAUCGAGCCCUUUGUCCAUCUGGCCAGCAAAAUGACCCAGCCUCAGAGCAAAUCCACCUUCCCACUCAGCCGCAACAAGAACAAGGGCAGCGGCUCCCAGGACAGCUAGAGAUGGAGAUGAUGAGACAACAAGAGCUGACAGAGUAACAGAAAGAGAAAAUAUGUUAGAUAGGAGAUGGAAGGCAAAUCUCUAAAUAGUGACAUUAACAGACGCUCAAUUUGAGAUCAUUCAAAACAUUUGAACUUGGAGUGACAUUAUAAGUUUAGCACACUAUAUGAAGUUACUGCAUUAAUGAAGUUUUAUAUUAUAAACAUACAGGAUAGAAUCCAUGUGUUGCUGUGAUCUAUUUAUCACAUGCUUAUCUUGAACCAACUGACUGACAAAACAAAAUACUGCUUUUACACUGAAAUAUAUAUAUAUGUAUAUAUACCUCUACAUUGCAAGUUGUUCCAUCUUAUGUGAAAUCAGCUAUAGGAUGAUUCGACGUAUUUAAUGAUGUUUGUGCCAUGAUGACUACUCUUUUCUAUGAGAUGUACUUGACAGAAGAAUGUCUUAAAUGGACUGCAUGAAUGUUUUACUUAUGUUCAGAUGUUCAUAUUUUGCACCAGACACAUUCCUAGAAAUUGACUGAUUUAUUCCAUAAGAACAGCAAAAUAAGUGAAACAUUCCACGUUUGUUUGGUUGUGAGUGAGAGGUCACCCCUGCUCUUUACCCUGAUGACAAUGCAUUUUGUGAUUAGUCAUUCAUAUUGUAUAAUAUUUGCUUUCAGUUGUGAAUGUAUACAAUAUAUUUCUGUUCUUUUUUCAUGGAAAACGUAUGACUUGUGAAGAUUUUACUUAUUUAUAGCUGAGAUUGCUUUAAAAUAUAUUUGGACAUGUUUAAAAGCAUUGCAAAGCAUUUUUGUCUGAAAGCAAAGACUGUAUGAACAGCUUUUUAAAAUCUUAAUAAAGCUGCUUGACUGCUAUGA